AUGGGUGAUCAUUCCCGAAAUUUGUUCAGUACCUGGGUUGCGCUGUUCUUGUCCCUAGGCUCAAUUGCAUGUGCUUACGCAACAGUCAUCACAGCAACCACUCUUGCCCAGCCGUCAUUCAUUGGUUACAUGAGUCUCGAUACGGCUCCCAACGCCACUCAACUUAUUGGCGCUGUCAAUGGAGUGUACAUCGCUGGCGCCUUGAUUGGAUCUCUUCUAUCAUCACAGACUUCUGAUGCCUUGGGUCGUCGAAAGUCGGUGUUUCUCUCGGCUGCCUUGGCUGUUCUGGGCGGCGCUCUACAAGCUGGAUCUAUCCACAUUGGCAUGUUCAUCGUUGCUCGGCUGCUGGCAGGCCUCGGCAUUGGAUCAUUAUUUGCCGCAGUUCCUCUCUACCAGAGUGAGGUGUCUCCACCCAAAGUUCGUGGGCUGAUCGUCGGCCUCCAUGGCAUUUUCAUCUCUUUGGGCACUAUCUUGAGUAAUUGGAUAGGCUUUGGCUUCUACUUCGUGAAUGCUAGCGGAUCGCAGUGGCGAGUUCCUCUAGCCCUUCAGUGUGUGCCAACGUUGGUCCUCGCCACUGGCGUUUGGUUCGUGCCUGAAUCUCCUCGUUGGUUGAUCAAUCAAGAUCGACACGAUGACGCGUUGCGGGUCCUGACGAGACUUCACCACGGUAAGAACGGCUCGGACAACACUUUCGCCCACAGAGAGUAUCUCCAAAUCAGGGAGCAGCACGACGAAGACGAGAGAAACAAAGUCACAUGGGCACAAAUGUGGACCGUCCCAUCCUACCGUCGACGGACCGUAGUCGGAUUCUUCAUUAUGUUUGCCAGUCAAAUGACCGCCACCUUGAUUGUUUCCAUCGUUUACAACCCUGUCCUCUAUGCGGGUCUCGGCUACGGCACUGUUAAGCAGCUCCUUUUCACCGGGAUCUGGGCCAACAUCACAGUUAUUGGCAAUACUAUCAAUGCGCUUACGGUUGAUCGGAUGGGAAGAGUUCUUGCCUUGAAGAUCGGCUGGAUUGGAGACGUCUGCGCGAUGAUCGGCGUGGUCGUUUCGCUUGCGAAGUUUGAAGAGACGGGGUCUCGUGCUUCCGCCAUCGCGGCUAUCGUCUUUCUAUACCUCCACAUUGCCAUGUAUGCCGGCUUUGUGGACGUUACCACCUAUGUCUAUGCUUCCGAGAUUUUUCCAAACAAUGUCCGCGGAAAGGGAAUGUCUAUAUCAGUUGCUGCAUAUUUUGUUGCGCUGGUCAUUGAACUGGACAGUGCACCAACUGCAUUGGCACACAUCGGUUGGAGACUGAUCCUCAUCUACCUUUGCUGUCUCGCUGUAUGUGUCCCCUUCUUAUGGUUCUUCUGCCCGGAGACCAAGGGCAAAUCUCUCGAGGAAAUUGGCGUCAUCUUUGGCGACAGGCACAUCCAUGUCCCCUUGGGAGGCGCAAAACCCCUGGAAGAGACUGUGCAGAUCAGUGAGAAGCAAGCACUCCCUCACGUCGGACAAGAAUACGAACACGUCGAAGGCUGA